GGCUGAAUACAUGUAUCUUUGAAAUUAAUAAUUAAGGAAAAGCGUUUUCACUUUUCAGUGUGUUCUUAAUUAACAAGACGUCAAGAGGGCUUACGGGCCCAAAUCGUCAUCAAUCUCUUUUACUGCAGAGUUUGACGCAGACGGGGGGGCACCCAUGCAAAGGGCCGUUCGGGAAAUACGCUAGACUUUUGUCUGCUCCCGCACCAAGCUCUCUCUCACUAACCUCACUUCACCAGCUGCAUGUUCCGCUUCUCCAAUUAUUGUGUCCGUUAUUGUACGUGUAAUUUCAUCCCAACCCCUAAAAAUCUCUGCAUAUAUUCCCUUCCCCUCAAUAUAUCAUCAAAGCACAAAACACGCCCAGUUGCGUCCUCUCUCUCUCUCUCUCUCUCUCUCUCUCUCAGGAUGCCUAGUGAUCCGCAAGAAAUUUUGUACACUUCUCGAAUGGGUGACGCUAUGGAUACUGAUAGCUUACAAGCAGAAGAGGAAGAAGAAGAAGAUAAUGAUAUUGAUGGUGAGGAGGAGGAAGAAGAAGAGGAAGAGAGAAGAGAAAGCUCAUCAGCGAGGCUUGGCUGCAAAACCAUGUACGGCAAGUACUGCGGGCUGCGGCGGGGACGGGUCUGGUCUUUGUGCGGCGUUCUGGACCCGCGAGCCGGGUGGGUUCGAGAAUGGAAUAGGGUUUUCCUGUUGGUGUGCGCGACGGGACUCUUUGUCGAUCCUCUCUUCUUUUACGCGCUCUCCAUAAGCGAGAGGUGUAUGUGCCUCUUCGUCGAUGGCUGGUUCGCUAUCACCGUCACCGUCCUCCGGUGCAUGACCGACGCUUUGCACGUCUGGAACAUGUGGCUACAGCUCAAAAUGGCCAAGCGGUCUUAUAUCACCGGCGGCGAAGGAAGCAGGCUUCACAGCACCAGCGCCCGCGCCGUGGCCCUCCGGUACUUGAAGGCCAAAGGGGGAUUCUUCUUCGAUCUAUUUGUCAUUCUCCCUCUCCCCCAGGUAGUUUUGUGGGUGGCAAUUCCAUCAUUGUUGGAAAGAGGAUCAACCACACUGGUGAUGACAGUGUUCCUCAUAAUAUUUCUGUUCCAGUACCUCCCGAAGAUCUACCACUCAGUUUGCCUCCUCCGCCGCAUGCAAAACCUCUCCGGCUAUAUCUUCGGCACCGUUUGGUGGGGGAUUGCCCUCAACCUUAUUGCCUAUUUCGUCGCUUCUCAUGCAGCAGGAGCAUGCUGGUAUUUGCUAGGGAUACAGAGAGCAACACAGUGCCUGCGAAGGCAAUGCAGAGAAAGCGCAGGGUGUGGCCUAAGGACAAUAGCUUGUCAAGAGCCAAUAUAUUACGGAACAAGAAGUUUGGUGAGAAGCAAAGCGUGGGUGGCAUGGGCACAUAACAAGCAAGCAAGGACUGCUUGCAUUGAGAGUUCUGAUAAUUUCGAUUAUGGGGCUUAUAAAUGGACUGUUCAACUUGUCACCAAUAAUAGUCGUCUUGAGAAAGUACUGUUCCCCAUCUUUUGGGGCCUUAUGACUCUCAGUACAUUUGGCAACCUGGAGAGCACGACAGAAUGGUUAGAAGUUGUGUUCAGCAUCAUCGUUCUGACUAGCGGCCUCCUCCUUGUCACCAUGUUGAUCGGAAAUAUCAAGGUGUUUUUGCAUGCAACAACAUCAAAGAAGCAGGCAAUGCAGCUGAAGAUGAGGAACAUAGAGUGGUGGAUGAGGAAGAGGAAGCUGCCGCAGGGGUUCAGGCACAGGGUGAGGCAGUACGAGCGACAGCGCUGGGCGGCCAUGCGCGGGGUUGACGAGUGCCAAAUGAUCCGCAACCUCCCCGAGGGACUUCGCAGGGACAUCAAGUACCACCUUUGCCUCGACUUGGUCCGCCAGGUGCCGCUGUUUCAACACAUGGAUGAUCUGGUCCUAGAAAACAUCUGCGACCGAGUGAAGUCCCUCAUUUUUCCCAAGGGCGAAACAAUAACCAGAGAAGGUGACCCAGUUCAGAGAAUGCUGUUUGUAGUGCGGGGCCAUCUCCAGAGCAGCCAAGUGUUGCGAGACGGCGUGAAGAGUUGCUGUAUGCUAGGCCCCGGCAACUUCAGCGGCGACGAGCUCCUCUCCUGGUGUCUCCGACGCCCCUUCAUCGAGCGCCUUCCGCCGUCUUCCUUCACACUCGUCACCCUUGAAACCACCGAGGCCUUCGGGCUAGAAGCUGAGGACGUGAAGUACGUGACGCAGCACUUCAGGUACACCUUCGUGAACGAGAGAGUGAAGAGGAGCGCGCGUUACUACUCGCCCGGAUGGAGGACUUGGGCGGCGGUAGCCAUUCAGCUGGCUUGGAGGCGGUACAAGCAUCGCCUCACCCUCACCUCCUUGUCAUUUAUACGGCCCAGGAGGCCUCUGUCUCGGUGUUCUUCGCUUGGGGAGGACAGGCUCCGGCUUUACACCGCCUUGUUAACUUCACCUAAGCCCAAUCAGGAUGAUUUUGACUUCUGAUCAUAUAUAUGCAUGUGUACCAUCAAACAAUCGUUGUGAUCAUCAACUAAGUGUACGUAUGAAGUGAUAGGGCUAGGCUGGCUGCUGCAUCCACGGUUUCAUUUCUUAUAAUAAGGUUCAAUUUUGCAUAGACGUGGGAAGUUAAGUAUGGAGGUUAGUGGGGAAUUUUUAGCUAUUUUCUUUAAGUGAUGUUUAGUUUACUGAAA